GCCAGUACAAGUCUAUGAUCAGCUGCUAAGCAACAGGGCCAGCUGUAGGAGAGCCCUGAAAGAACCUGUGCUGUGCUACAGGACGGAGGGCUUCCGGACGGAGGGCUUCAGGACGGAGACGCACCGUACACACAGUCCCUACGGGGAAAGAUGACAACACGAGGCCCAGACAGAGAACAUGCUGGAAACUCUUGUCCUGACCUUGUUAGUGGAAGUGUGCGCGGAGAAGUCAGCGAAACAUCAUUUUCAGGGUGACUUUUUAAAAAGAUUAUAUUCCUUAUUUUUAUAAUUACAUGGGUUUGGGGUGGGUAGGCGAGAAUUGAAGAGUGUGCACCUGAAUUCGGUCUCCCAGAGGCGGAGAGAGAGCCAGGGGAUCCUGGUGGGGUAGUUUCAGACACGUGUGAGCUGUCCCACGCGGAUCGGUCCCCUGGAAGAGCAGAAGAAGUGCUGUGCUGUCUCCCCAGCCUCCCACCCCCUUUUAUGAUGGUAAUAGCUGGGCCUCACCCAUGCAAAGCACACCACUGGCAAUUUUCCACAGAGGAGGAAGUCUGAAAUACACUUUGGACACCUUUGUGUGCAUGUGUGUUGAUAACGGGUGGAGUAAAACUUGGGAUCUCUUGGUUUCAAGAAAGCUGGGACUGCAGGUGCAGUUCACACCCGGUUGGACUCCUUUCAACUCCAAUAGUUGAGACAUCUGUGGUGGGUGAACGAGGCCUAAGACUCCCAGCCAAACAUCUUUCUUCUCUUCCUUUUCUUUUCUCCCCCCAGCGCAUUGCUUCUCCAAUGGAUCUCUUAAAAGCCUUGGCCCUUGUGAACCGGACACUUACAGAAUAAACAUCUAAAGCCAGGAAACUAAGACAGUUGACCCCAGAGUUUCCUCGCGGCUCCAGAAAAGCCGCUAGAUGGCGAUCUGGAGCUGACCGCAAGAUCCGACUCCUUCCUCUUCCCCUUACUUCCCAGCUAAGAGGCCCCUCUCCCGGAGGGUGACUGGAGUGUCCAGCUGACCCGGUUUCCUUGGGUUUCCCGUUUCAGAGAUAGCCACUCUCCAGGCAUAGCAAGAGCCAAAAGGCCCAAUGGACUCCGUAGCGGUCCCGGGCAAGCCUGGAAAGGUGCAGAGAUCCGAGCCGCUCCCUGCGCUGGUCCGCCGUCCCACCUCGCCUGUCCCCAGCAGAACUGGCGCUUGGUAACACCCCGCGGCCAGUCCCGGGCGAGCCUUCCCCGAAAGGGGCGCGCCUUCGUCGCUCCGGGUUGCUACAAGAGUCCUGGAGUUAAACUUUCAGCCAAUAAAAAAGGGCAUGGGGAGUGACGCACAGGAACGUCACGGGAAUUCCCCCCCUCGGGGGGCCGAAAGGGGCUUUCCCGGCUGGAGCCCUACUGCUGGAGAGGAGCAACGACCGGUCCAGGGAAGGGCUCGGAAAGAAGUCGGAACCAGAGCCGCCACCACGGCGGGCGUCUGAAACUCUGGGAAGCUGAACCGGGCCGAAGCCAAAAGACACAGCAGGGCCUAGCCCAGAAAUAUGGACCGUUGCUACGAUCCAGGUUUGGAUGGCAUCCCUGAAUAUGAUGAUUUUGAAUUCAGCCCCUCCAUUGUGGAGCCCAAGGAUCCAGCCCCAGAGACAGCUGAUGGCCCCUAUCUGGUGAUUGUGGAACAGCCUAAACAGCGAGGCUUCAGAUUUCGAUAUGGCUGUGAAGGCCCCUCCCAUGGAGGUCUGCCAGGUGCCUCCAGUGAGAAGGGCCGGAAGACCUAUCCUACUGUCAAGAUCUGUAACUACGAGGGGCCGGCCAAGAUUGAGGUGGACCUGGUGACACACAGUGACCCACCCCGUGCACAUGCCCACAGUCUGGUGGGCAAGCAGUGCUCUGAGCUGGGGGUGUGUGCCGUGUCUGUGGGACCCAAGGACAUGACUGCUCAAUUUAAUAAUCUGGGUGUCCUGCAUGUAACCAAGAAGAACAUGAUGGAGAUUAUGAUUCAGAAACUCCAGAGGCAGCGGCUCCGCUCCAAGCCUCAGGGCCUUACAGAGGCCGAGCGCCGGGAGCUGGAGCAGGAGGCCAAGGAGCUGAAGAAAGUCAUGGAUUUGAGCAUUGUACGGCUACGCUUCUCAGCUUUCCUUCGAGCUAGUGAUGGCUCCUUCUCCCUGCCCCUGAAGCCUGUGAUCUCCCAGCCCAUCCACGACAGCAAGUCUCCAGGGGCCUCAAACCUGAAGAUUUCCCGAAUGGACAAAACAGCAGGUUCCGUGCGCGGUGGAGACGAAGUUUAUUUGCUUUGCGAUAAGGUGCAGAAAGAUGACAUUGAGGUUCGUUUCUAUGAGGAUGACGAGAACGGAUGGCAAGCCUUUGGGGACUUCUCUCCCACAGACGUUCAUAAACAGUAUGCCAUUGUGUUCCGGACACCGCCCUAUCACAAGAUGAAGAUUGAGAGGCCUGUAACGGUGUUCCUGCAGCUGAAACGCAAGCGUGGGGGCGAUGUCUCCGACUCCAAACAGUUCACGUAUUACCCUCUGGUGGAAGACAAGGAGGAAGUACAGAGGAAGCGGAGAAAGGCCUUGCCUACCUUCUCCCAGCCCUUCGGGGGCGGAUCCCACAUGGGUGGAGGUUCUGGGGGCUCCGCUGGGGGUUAUGGAGGCGCUGGAGGAGGUGGCAGCCUCGGCUUUUUCUCCUCCUUCGCCUACAGCCCCUACCAAUCCGGUGCAGCCCCAAUGGGCUGCUUCCCGGGUGGGGGAGGUGGAGCGCAGAUGGCCGGCUCUGGACGGGACGCGGAGGCUGGCGAGGCAGAGGAGCAGCCCAGAGCACCCUCCGAGGCCCCCCAGAGCGAGCAGCAGGCCCUGGACACGCUGCAGCGAGCUCGCGAGUACAACGCGCGCCUGUUCGGUCUGGCGCAGCGCAGCGCCCGAGCGUUGCUGGACUACGGCGUCACCGCGGACGCGCGUGCUCUGCUAGCGGGACAGCGCCACCUGCUGAUGGCACAGGACGAGAACGGAGACACGCCGCUGCACCUGGCCAUUAUCCAUGGGCAGACUGGUGUCAUUGAGCAGAUAGCCCAAGUCAUUUAUCAUGCUCAGUACCUUGGGGUCAUCAACCUCACCAAUCACCUGCACCAGACACCUCUGCACCUGGCAGUAAUCACUGGGCAGACACGGGUGGUGAGCUUCCUGCUGCAGGUGGGUGCAGACCCCACACUGCUGGAUCGCCAUGGUGACUCAGCUGUCCACUUGGCUCUCCGGGCAGGUGCUGCAGCCCCAGACCUGCUGCAGGCAGUGUUGCACAGUGGAGCCCACGCUCUGCCCCAAAUGUUACACAUGCCUGAUUUUGAGGGACUAUACCCAGUACACCUGGCGGUCCAUGCCCGAAGCCCUGAGUGCCUGGAUCUGUUAGUUGACUGUGGAGCUGAAGUGGAGGCAGCAGAGAGGCAAGGAGGCCGAACCCCACUGCAUCUAGCCACAGAGAUGGAGGAGCUGGGGUUGGUCACCCAUCUGGUCACCAAGCUCCAUGCUAAUGUGAAUGCCCGGACCUUUGCUGGAAACACACCCCUCCACCUGGCGGCUGGACUUGGAUCCCCAACCCUCACCCGCCUCCUUCUAAAGGCUGGUGCUGACAUCCAUGCGGAGAAUGAAGAGCCUCUCUGCCCACUGCCCUCACCCCCUACCUCUGGGAGCGAUUCAGACUCUGAGGGGCCUGAGACAGAUACCCAAAGAAACUUCCGAGGCCAUACCCCUCUUGACCUCACUCGCAGUACCAAGGUGAAGACCCUGCUGUUGAACGCUGCUCAGAACACCACGGAGCCACCCCUGGCCCCACCCAGCCCUGCAGGGCCAGGGCUGUCACUGGGGGAUGCAGCCCUGCAGAACCUGGAGCAACUGCUAGAUGGGCCAGAAGCCCAGGGCAGCUGGGCAGAGCUGGCAGAGAGACUGGGGCUGAGGAGCCUGGUGGACACAUACAGGAAGACCCCCUCCCCCAGUGGCAGUCUCCUUCGUAGUUACAAGCUGGCUGGUGGAGACUUGGUGGGUCUAUUGGAAGCCUUGUCCGACAUGGGUCUUCAUGAGGGAGUUAGGCUGCUGAAGGCGCCUGAGACCCGAGACAAGCUGCCCAGCACAGAGGUGAAAGAAGACAGUGCCUACGGGAGCCAGUCAGUGGAGCAGGAGGCAGAGAAGCUGUGUCCACCCCCUGAGCCUCCAGGAGGGCUCUGCCACGGGCACCCCCAGCCUCAGGUGCACUGAAUGCUACCCGGUCAACUUCCACCUGGAUCCCUCUGUACAGCAUCCCUGCCUAAUUGAAAUCUUAUUUAAACUUCAAGCCCACACCUCAGUGGGCCAAAUAAAGGGAAAGACCCCUUCCCAGUUUACGGUACGGCAA